AUGCUAUCUUGGUCUCCAACUACACGGCGCCAUGGCAAACUCUUUCCUCCAACUCCACAUUUGCCUGAGCCAAACUUCAACGGGACUGCUUAUAUCAACGGUAUUGACCUUUGGUACGCGACAUUCGGCCCUUCACUUGAAACCAGUAAACGCAGAGGCCUCAACCCUGUGGUUUUUCUUCAUGGCGGCUAUGCCAACAGCGAUUACUACGGCCAUCAGAUCCGCAAUCUACAAGACGGCUUGUACACACUUAUCACAAUUGACUCUCGGGCACAAGGUCGAUCCGGAGAUGAUCCCAGCAGGCCCUUGACAUACGAUCUGAUGACGGAGGAUGUGGUCGCUCUGAUGGAUUAUCUGAAAAUCGACAAGUUCUCGACAGUUGGAUGGUCCGAUGGAGGAAUUAUUUCGUUUGACCUUGCCAUGAACUACACCUCUCGUAUCGAUCGUAUUUUCUCCUUUGGUGGAACAUAUAGUCCUCAGAACAUCAACGCCACAAUUGAUGACAGUCCAGUAUGGACUGCAUACAUGAAACGAGUUGAGAAGGAGCACGAACACAACGCACCUUCGAGUGUUACAUUUGAGAAGGCGUCGAAACAGUUGAACAGCAUGUGGGCAACCCAGCCAAACUGGGACGCCACGUCAUUUGCCAAAAUCCCAUCGCGAUAUGAUGAUGAUGAAGCCCCCAUGAUCUGGAUCGUUGAUGGCGACUAUGAAGAGGCAGUGACUCGUGAUACACCCGAAAAACUACGCAGCUGGAUUUGGGGCUCCGACCUUUCGAUUCUGCCAGGAGUCAGCCAUUUUGCGUAA